GACGGCGCAUAUCUAUCGUUCGGGGCUCCUUUCCCCUUUCGUUCUCUUGCUACCACAGGGCCACUCUAGGACGGCGCGUAUCUAUCAUUCGGGUUCAUUCAUUCAUUCAUUCAUUGCAGCGCUCGGAGCCGGGAGCGCGAAGGGAAAUUGUGGCGGAAACGAUUCGCAGUUUCUCUUCUUGGGCGCAGGAGCCCCGAAGCAGCGGACGCCCAUUUCUCUCCACCUGGAAAGCGGAGGAAGGGGGUGCAGAGAGGCUGAUGGGAGCCCCCUCGGAUUGCCUGGGAAUCCAGGAGAUCUCCAGGGAUGGAGAGCACCCUCGUCCCAGAGGCUCCUGGCGAUCGCUGCCGCCAGGAGGCCGAGGGGCCCCGGGAGCUUUGCAGCCGCCUGCACCGGCUGUGCCGUCAGUGGCUGCGGCCGGAAAGGAGCAGCAAAGGGGAGAUGCUGGACCUGGUGGUGCUGGAGCAGCUGCUGGCCCUGCUGCCCGCGGAGAUGGCGAGCUGGGUGAGGGAGUGCGGGGCCGAGAGCUGCUCCCAGGCGGUGGCCCUGGCCGAAGGCUUCCUGCUCAGCCAAGCCCAGAGGGAAGAGUUCGGAAAGGGGCAGGUGCGGGAGCCAUUCCCAGAGGAGAUUUCAGCUGAGCUUCAGGGAAGAGGAGAUGGAUCCAGCUCUAUUCAAGGCCUGUUUUUCAGGAGGAUCCAAUUUGGGCCACUUUGCCAGAGCUCUGAUGCCUUUGAAGAGGUGACUGUGGAUUUCACGAAGGAGGAGUGGAGGCUGCUAGAACUUGACCAGAAGAUCUUGUGCUGGGAAGUCAUGCAGGAGUUUUCUAGGAAUUUGGCUGCUCUGGCUGAUGUGUCUGUGAAUGAGAAUGGAGGAGAGAAAUCGUCCACUUCUCUUCCUGUUGUUGUUCGUGGCUUCCUGUCCCAGCAAGAUCAGAAAGAAAAGAGAAAAGGGAAAUAUAGAAAAAAAGACAACAUGAAUUUGAAUUACAUAGAUACGGCAGAAACCAGACUAAAGAAAAACUGCACGGCUAUAGACACUAUGGAGAAUAACUCCUUCGCUCCUACUUCACCAAAUAAACUGAACAGGAAAUGCAAAUUACAUACCUCUGUUAAAUCUGGGGGGGAUUCCAGUCUGAGCAGGAAGAGGGAACUUGGUAAGCAGAGUGGAAAGAAUUUCAGCAGUGAAAGUGAUCUUAAUAACCUGCCUGUGGACCACCAGUUUGACACCCUUGCUCUAGGGGCCUGCCUUGCCUUGACCACCUGGGUCAUAACAGAGAGAUCGUAUAAAUGAGUGGAAUGUGGUUCAGUAGGAAGACUCCUCCUAAUUACCACCAAAGGAGCCACCCAAGCCCUGGACCAUGGACCAGUCCGCUGCCCAUUGAGAACCGUGCCAUGCAAGUGGCAGGCAAGCAUAUGAAGCUUCGUUUGCAUAUUGCAGGGGAUUAGGUUACAUUUGCAAAACCCAUCCCUUCCCACCUACUGCCGGUCUGUGGGGAGAAAAAAGGUUGGGGACUGCUGACAUAAAUUACCUAAGUGCCUGGAAUGAGGAAAGAUCUUUCUUUGCAAAGGAAGAUUUACUUCUCAUAAAAAGAUCCACACAACAGAUAAAUGCACCAAGUGCAAAAAGAGCUUUAAUGACUAUAACACCUUGAAUUGUCACAGAGGUAUCCCCACAGGGGAAAAUUAGAAAUGCUUCAAAAGUGGGACCACCUUCACUGAGGGUGCUUACUUCACAUAAAAUGAUCCACACAGGAAAAAUAAAUCCAUGGAUUGAGGUCAACUUCAUCAUCAUCCAAGGAUCCCGACAUGGCAGGAAGUUUAUUAAUUCAUGGAAUGUGCAAAGUUCUUCAGUUUGUACUGGAAUCUUAUUUACCAUCCAUGUAGCUACACAGGAGAAAACGUAUAAGCAUUGGAAUUUGGAAAUCGCUGAUGGUGGAUCAGUGACCUUACUUAUCAUAGGAUGAUGCUUUUCUUCUUGAGGCAAAUGCUUCUGUUUCCUCUCUGAGAUAAUUCAUUAAAUUCAAGCCUAUGUUAACCUCCCAUCUCCCUGAGGGGUGUAAGAAGCUCCAGAGAUUGGCCACAAUUCUUUCUCUAUCCACCCUUGCUUUCCUCUAUUGCAAAAGUUAGUUGAGACACUUUUUCCAUUUCAGCUGAUAUUCUUCAAAAUAAUCAUGCAAUAUAUGAUAAUAUAGCAAACCUUAUUAUUAAA